AUACAUGUGUGGUGUAAGGAGCAUAUAUACCGGCAAGCCUCCGGCGUGGUGGGUGCCCCUGCCCCAAGGCUACAGGACACCCGCAGGGCUUGGCUGUGGCAGGGGCUCCCGCUCCCCGAGAACGGUCGGUGCCGGCCGGACUCGCCCGGGACCCAGGCCCGUGGGACGCUCGGUGGGACCUGCUCCCGGGAGUUCGGCGCGGGGAGCCCAGGGAGCCGCUGAAGCCUCCCGGGGCUGCGACGGCUCCGGGAGCGGCCUCUUCCCGGGAGGUCCCCGCCUGGGUCCCCGAGGGUCGGGCGCGCCCCGCACACCUCCCCGCGCUCCCGGCCGCGGUCUCGGCGCGGGGGUGGCGCGGGCGCGGCGCUGCGGCGGGGCCGCGCUUGCCAGCGGCCGGGAGGCAGCGCCGCCGCUCCCGCUCCCGCUGCCGCUCCGCAACUUUCAGGCAAACACCGCCCCCUCGCCCUCGUCCCCCCGCCGGCGGCUGGGCACAGAGGAAAACGUUAGUGCACAAUGCUGAAAUUGGUGAUCUGGUCGCUGAGCGUAAGAACAAAGUGAACAGCUGCACCUUCACCAAAGCAACCACCUGCAUUCUUUUUCUCCUCUGGAAUGGACAAUGGGAUGG